CUGUCGUGUGCAAGAGGGCCAAUGUUGACAUCAGGAAAAGAGCUGGAGAGCUGUCAGAAGAGGAAGUGGAGCGCAUUGUUACAGUCAUGACGAACCCUCGCCAGUACAAGAUCCCAGACUGGCGGUUUACUCGGGUGCUAAGUAACGUUCUUGACAAUAAACUGCGUGAAGAUCUGGAACUACUGAAAAAAAAAUCCGUAGGGCGGCACACCAAGACCACGGGCAGGCGAGGGCGAACUGAGGGUAUGGCUAAGAAGAAGUAA